ACUUAAUAUUAUUGACAUAAAGUACUAAACAAUAACAAUGAAGACGUUACCAAUUAUUUAUUUAUUUUUUUGUGUCGUAAAAGGAUUUGGAAUUCAUACUGAAGAAGAUUGUUAUUCAAUUGGAAAAACUGGCUCAGUAAUUUACAAUGGACAUAUCAACAAGACCAGCAGUGGGAUUCCGUGUCAGAGAUGGGAUAAGAAAAUACCUAGCAUCAAAUAUCCAAUGGGUUCCGAACAUGUAAACUACUGUCGGAAUCCACAUAACGACAAAGGAAGUCUUUGGUGUUACACAAUCAGUAACAAAGUAAGAUGGCAGUACUGUAACGUUCCCAGAUGCGGUUCACAUAAAAACCCACGUCCACGUUCCACAAAGACCACAACAACCGUCCAUACCUCACAACUAACUACAGAAAUGUCCGGGAUUACUACAGAUAUGACAGAUGUCAACGAUAUGAAUGUUAACGAUAGAAAUGGUAAACAACACCCAACUGCAGGUAAGCAGACGGAGGACUUUGUCAUAGGUAGCAUUGCAGUUCUUUUGGUGGUCUUUUCUAUAGCUGUACUCGUUCACAUUAGGAAAAAUACAAUUGUGAAAAAGAAAAGAUGGCAGGCGAAACUCUCUGAAUAUGUGAUAAACAUAGACAUAAAUGGACCGCCUAUGGACAGUCGGCGAGAAACAAACGUAUCGGCGGCCAUUAAAACACAGGAAAACAUUGAAUUAACCGAACAGACAGGAGAGCCUAUGUAUGCUGUAGUUAAUAAACGAAAUAAAGAUUCAAACAUCAUAAGUGACAAAACAAAACGAUUUGCUAUCACAUCCGGAGAAUAUAACCACACAUCAUUUAUCAUAGACAGAGAAGAAGCCAUUAUCAGCAAGAACUAUGGGGCUUUACGUUUACAAAAUGACGUCACAGACGAUCUUUAUGAUGUCGGAAAUUGUAAAGGAGUCAGAGAAAGUUCAAUGGAAGAAACUUACGAUCAUUUUGUAAACCAAACAGACUCUAACUAUGAAAAUGUAGAACGUUAUUCUCAAUGGACAGAUGGAGUUGAUUAUUCAAACACAUCAACGCCAUCAAAAUCUUCAAAAUGAAUGGAUUGUCGGAACAUAUGAAUAACUUUUAAACUUAAAAGUUCCUCAUUACGAAGAGAUUUUUUCCCUUUAUUUUCCGUAAGAAAUUUGGAAGUGUUUGGCAACCCUGCUUGAAAGUAAACAAGCACUGUAUACUUUUCAAUGAUAUACGAUAAUUUGCCCGAGUCAGGAUUGAAAGACACUCCUGAGCUAAUUUUUUUAAGGUUUACUAUUCAACAUAUGUUACAUUUGAACAAACAUAUCAGUCAAUGCAUAUUUUACUGUUAUGUCACGAGUAGAUUAGAGGAGCAUCGGACCGAUUGCCUUAAUUAUAGAAAAAUGAAAAUAUCGAAAAACACCAGGAGAAGACACAAACAUGUUAUGAAGGACACAAUUUACCGUAUAAAGCAGACAGCAUUGCAAACUCACAUGUAAAUCUGAUAUUUUAUUUGUUUGUGCGUUUCUCUGUGAUAAAUGUUCUUGCGUGUGUUUGAACUGUAUUGCUGUCAAUUAGGAAUAUUGUUUAACAUUGUCAUAUAAGCGGGAGGUUUGGCUAGCCAUAAAACAGAUUCAACAUAUCAUUUUUUCUUAAAAUGUCCUGUACCAAGUAAGGAAUAUGGCAGUUAUUAUCAAAUAGCUUGUUUCUAUGUAUGUUGAAUUUUGAUUUGUUUUGUAAUUUCAGUGUUACGGUUGUUCCUUAGUUUUCCUCUUCCCUCGGUUUUAGUUAGUAUCCCGGAUUUUUAUUCUCUCAACUGAUUUAUAACUUUUCAACACCAGUUUACUACUGUUGCCUUUAUUAAUAGAGCGUAACCUGACAAUAAUCCCAUAUCAACCUAGUAAUGCCAUUCACUUGCUUUUCUUACUAAACCCUAGGAACAAUUUACAAACCCUUUGUUUUGCAAACUAUUUAUACAGCUAUGCAUAUUAGCCCCCAAUAUACCAGAAGCAUAAGCAAAACAAAAAGCUCUUUUAGAUGAUUUAUAAAAUUAUUUGGCAGCAAUUCAAUAUAACGUCAUCUAUUUGAAUACCAUACUAAGCUUCUUUAAUAUCUGAGACUAAAUCAUUAUCACAAGCCUAGUAAUCCGCACUUUUUUUGUGCUGACAUGAAUUGUCAUUGAUAUGGUUAUAUUUAUAAAUUUACUGCAACAAUUUUUUUGAGAUACUAAGGCUUUUCGACCUAAGGCAUAGAUUACCUUAGCUGUAUUUGGCAAAAUUUCAGAAAUUUUGGUCCUCAAUGCUCUUCAACUUCGUACUUUAUUUGGCCUUUUUAACUUUUUUGGAUUCGAGCGUCACUGAUGAGUCUUUUGUAGACGAAACGCGCUUCUGGCGUAUAUACUAAAUUUAGUCCUUGUAUCUAUGAUGAGUUUAUUUACAUUUAUAGAAAAUAAAGUCGACGAUAAAACACAGACUUGUUUUUCACCAAGAGCUACAUGGAAAAGGGAUGCUAUAAAGUAAUUUACUCCGACUGCACAAUUUACAUGAUUGUAUAAAGAAGCAAAUUGAAAGAAAAAAACAACCUA